AUGGCUAUUAGUGAUGUCGUCACCAUAUUGCUAUGGCCACUUUACUACUUUCAAUCCGCAAAGGUCGCUUGCGAGUUUGUUGCUCUUGCGGAAGUGAGCAUCAUGGCUUCCUCCAAUACCCUUACUGUGCUGGCGGUGAAAAGAUACCACGCGAUUCUGAAGCCAUUCGAAACAGGACUGCGGUUAAAUGAAGAUAACAUCAAGCGAGCAAUAGCUUGUAUUUGGAUCGCAAGUUUCGUUAUACGUUUUCCGGAAUUCUUUCUAAAAGAAUGAAGCGAGACAAACUCUUCAUGUAUCGGUCCCAUAACCGUGCAGUUAAAUGAAGCAAGCAAAAUUUAUGUUAUCAUAAAUCUCACAAUCAAUUGUCUUCAAACGGUGGUUAUGUUUUUCUGCUAUGGGUGCGUGAUUAAGGGACUUUACUUUAGUAGCAUAGUGUACCCAGAAACCGACAGAGAGACAACACCAGAGAAAAAGAAACUUAAUGUCAUA